CUAUACUCCAAGUUGACAUCUGGCGUCUGUUCGCAUAGACUAAAAUAAUGCUUUGCAAUGGAGAGUAUCCAAUUGUCCCAAAGGAACAACAACAAUAGUCAUUGGUUAAGUAAUGGGUCUGUGACUUCCGGUGAAGAAGAUCAGUCCGACACAAGAGACAUGGAUUCCCAGGAUUCUCAAGAUAUUAGCCUUGAUGAGAAGGAUGAAAUGCCCAAUGCCAUGGAGUUCGUCAGUGUAGAAUGUGAUAUGUUCUUGGAGCCAGACUGUGCCUUGGAGACCAGUGAUCAUGUGGACAGCAAAGAGAGUGACAGCAGAAGCAAGUCUAGUAAGAAGAGUAAGAAAUCAUCUCGUCGCAAGAAAGGCAUGUUGCCUUAUAUUUUCCAAACAACUCUCAUCACAGAUCUCUUUCGCUACCGUGGAGUUGAUGUGUACAGAAGAACCUGUAAGGAUGAACCUUUUGUAAAAAUCUACAAUCCAAUUGAAGGUCUCAUUUCCAUUAAGAGUGAGGAUAGGGGUAAAAAGGAGGGUGAGGAAAAGGGUGUGUUUGAAUGCACAAUUUGUGGAAAACAGCUAACCUCUAAAACAAAUUGGGAGAACCAUAUGACAAUUCACUUUGAUGGAGAGUUUUACCAUUGUGAGGUGUGUCAGAAAAAGUUUACAGACAAGAAAGCUCUGAUAACACACAGAAUACUACAUAUGAAUGCCAUUGGAAAGCCAUAUCCCUGCACAGCAUGUGGGACAAGGUUUACAAAUAGGGCCGCUUUGAAAAAUCACGUGCAAAAUAAUCAGUGCUCAAAAAACAUCCAGUGUGAAUUCUGUGAUAAGAAGUUUAGAACUAACAGCCAGUAUACGAUCCACAAGCGUAUCCAUACUGGAGAAAAACCAUACCAGUGUACCUACUGUGACAAGAGUUUCACUUACAAAUUUCAGUACAGCAAUCAUGAGAAAAUCCAUACAGGGGAGGGGCUCUUAAAAUGUGAUGAGUGUGAUGCCACUUUCACUCAGAAGCAAACUCUUAUUGUUCACAAACGGAAACACACUGGAGAAAGGCCUUUUAAGUGUGACAAGUGCAGUGCAGCCUUUAGGGCACGUUCUUAUUUGUGGGCCCAUAAAAAGUCACACGUUGGCAAAAAGCCUCGUGAAUGUCCUGAUUGUGGGUCCAUGUUUUGGAAAAGCUCAUCCUUAAAGAAACACAGAAAAGCAGAGCAUGACUAGUGCAAUUCUUACAAUAGCUAUAGUCUAUAUUAUAGAUGUGCUAUAAUUGUUUACUGCCAUUGUAUUCCAUACCAUUUUUUUAUUAUCAUUAUUAUAUUUGUCUAUGUUUUUGUACAUAGUGCAAUUAGAUUUUAGAGGACGUAAUGGACAGACUUCUAGUUCUCUCAGUUUUUUGUAUGUAUAUUUUUUUUAUACUUCUAAAGUUAUGUGUAGAGACAGCAGAAUAUGAAUCACAUUCAUAGGAGUAUUUGGUGUAUUCCACUACAGUAUACUGUGGCAAAAUAGGUGACUUAUUAGGUAGAAUACACUUUAGUUUUUUAAAAGCUAGAGAAAUGCUAUUAUGUAAAAUCUUUACAAGAUUAGUGUAGAUCAUGAACAUAGCUCUAUAUGAAUAUAUAUACAAAUGUAUAUAUUGGAAAUAUAAAUUUUAUAUCUACGUA